CUCGUCAGUCAGCCAGACGAAGAUCUACAUGCAGGCGCUUCACCAAUAUUUACCGACAGGGGAGCUCUCGCAGCUCCUUCAUCUCGUGAUCUCUUCAUCAGCCUGUUGCGUGGUCGCUUGAUUGCGCGUUGAGACGCUGGACCAGGCUUUUGGCAAUUCGUGAAACCGCUCUUCAUCAGCCUGAGCUCGCACCUGUCCUGUGGCCAGAGCGGGUGCAGGAGCGCAGAGGUAUGGACACACAACCAGGCAAGGCAGCAGCUGUUACGUCGGUAUUGUUUUACACUGCUGCAGAUGUGUGUGUGGGGAUGAAGAGGACGCGCCCGUCUGAAGGAUGCGUCGCCAUGGCGGAGGACGCCUUGGCUUCUCCCCCGCCCUCUGUGGACUACGUGCGUCGGCUGCCGGUGUCGGUGUGGCAGGAUUUGGUAAUCCCUCUCUGCCCUGUCGACGCCUGCGGGCGGCUCAAGAUCACCGGGCCGUAUGUGGAGCUGCACUUCAGCGAGAAGGCCCUCCUGAAGCGAUUCGAUAUAGCAAGGAAGCGCAACCAGCUGGAGGGUGAGGGUGGCCCACUGCCGCACCGCAGUCGACUCGUAGGGGGCUGUGCUAUAUGUGUGUUGGUGGCAUGUGUUUCUGUGUGUGCAGGCCUCAUUGCUCUGGACCCCAGCAUUGACGCCGGUAGCCGAUAUGACAUCCUCCUGCGCAUCACAUAUGCACUAGAGUGGGCGAGCAAACACACCACCUGUCAAUCAGCCACAAACACGUGUGACCUGUAUUGUAUUGUGCGUCUGCCUGCGCCACAUUAAUAGGUGUGGUGACUGGCGCAUGUGGCCGUCGUUCCUCCGUCUGGCGACGUGCAACGGCCACCUGCCGCAGGAUCGCAUCGGUGCCGGUCGGCCGCUCAUUUUGACGGCCGACAAGGUGCGGGAGGCCAUCCCCACCAGGGCGGCAUUCACAAGCACCAUGCCACAGCGACUGGCCCAGUUUGGGCUCUUCAGCGUCUUCAUGACCAGGGGGUCGCGUAGAUUGCCCCGAGAGGUGCGGCCGUCGGUGUAUGCCGAGGUCAUGGGUUUCGAGCUGACGGUGUAUGCCGAGGACGAGCUGUACCACCCCUAUGGGGACACUGUGCAUCCCUACCAACACACAUACUCAGACGAAGGUAGCGAACACACACACACACACACACACAUGGGCACAGGCAUCUGUCUGUCUGUCUGUCUGUCUGUGUGUGCUACAUAGAUCCUGUGUGUCGGCGAGGCGAGUACAUGUUCCCGUCGUGUAUGGCCUUCCUCACCUGGGCAGCAGUGAGCUACCGGUACUGCUUCAUUGGCAACCCGAGCAAAGCCAUCGCCACACGACGGGAGGAGCCAGGCUGCCGCAAGAGCCACACUUUCCGCCACCUCAGCCGCCUCGCAAACCCUGCAAAGGUCGCUCAGUGGACGACCAUCGAGUUUCUGGCGGUAUGUUGGAAUAAGCCAGCCCAGCUACACACAAUCACGGUCACUGCUGGCUGCAUAUGGCUUUUGUCUGCGUGUCUGUCUAUGUGCGUCUUUGUCUGUCUGUCUGUGUGUCUGUGUGUCCACUCCACAGGAUUACUUCCACGUGUGUGACGACCGUCGGUACAACCGUGUCUACGUGCUCGAGGGCCACCGGCCGGGCGAGACGAUGGCCGUCACCAUGCACCUUGGCGGCAACGACCACAUGGCCGCCAUCGUCUCGACCGAGCCAAAAGCCGAGGACCACAAUCAGUGGUGGGCGGCCUACCCCCGAUCGGCCGCCGCCGCCAACGCCCUCACCCACGACCUCUGCGAGCCCCCAAUGGACGCCAACCGGUUCUUCUAGCCGCUUCAGGAGCCGAGCCGCCAGACAGACAGACAGACAGACAGAC